UUUUAACUCCUCCACCCAAACAAUAUGGCAGGAAAGAGAACUCCAGAAAUUAUAAUUUUUGAUAAAGAGAAAGAAGAAAAGAGAGAAGCUAAAGGAAAGAGUAGAUUAUCUAGACUUAGAGGAAGAGGAGCUAUUAAAGAAAAAAAUGAUGUUGAAUUGAAGAUACAUUCGCUAAGCAUCCAGAAACAAAGACUAGAGACUGAAGGUAUUAACAUGAAGGAAAUGAGGAAAGACAUCAGAUCACUUAACUCUAGUACAUUAGAGGGUGCUACUAAGAAGCAAAGUGACAUUGAUUACAUUAAGUCGUUAGGAGGAACUGGGCCUAAACCAGUUGUAAUACCUUACCCACACUAUCUUGCAAGACUAAAGAAAGAAAAACUAAAGAAGAAGAAAGAAUUGGAAAUAGUGAGUCUAUACUGUGAAUUAAGUAACCAAAAAAAUCUGAAAUUAAAAGCAAAUCAAUAA